UGAUAAUGGAGUAAUUGAUUAAUGAUAAUGGUAUAAUUGAUUAAUAAUCAAAGUAAUGGAGUAGGUUGACAAUGCCUGUGACUUGGAUCUGAUCUAUUUGGUGGCAAGUCUUAAACUUUUCCUUACCCAAAAUUAUCUAUCCUUUGCUGAGUGUAAGUAAGCACAAGCACCAACAAUUUGGUUUUUUGCCCUGUUUGUCCAAACAGAGUCACAGUACUUACUCAGAACAAAGAAAAUGAGGAUCGAUUCUUCUUUCAAUCACAAAAAUUACCUAAUCAAGUUACUCCUCACUCUUUUCUUCUCACUCAUAGCUUUUCGUCUUCUCUUUUUCCACUCUCUACCAACUCUCUUUGAUUCCCCUCUUACCGACAAAACCACCGUUUCAUCAGAACUUCAAAUCCCACCUCAAAAAUCUUCUCUUUCAGAGCUUCCACUAGACCCUCUUCAAAAUGAAGAAGAUGAAGCAUCUCCCACCGACAUGGGGAAAUGUGAUUAUUUUAAUGGUGAUUGGGUACCAAAUCCAUUGGGUCCAAUUUAUACAAAUGAAACUUGUGACCUUAUUGAAUCUCAUCAAAAUUGUUUGAAAAAUGGAAGACCAGAUAGAGAAUUUUUGUAUUGGAAAUGGGCUCCUAGAGAUUGUGAGUUACCUAUAUUUGAUCCUUUAAGGUUUCUCAAUAUGAUGCGUGGUAAAGUUUGGGCACUUAUUGGUGAUUCAAUUUCUCGAAAUCAUGUUCAAUCUUUGCUCUGCUCACUUUCUAAGGUAGAAAAAGCUGUCUUAGUUUAUCACGAUGAAGGAUACAAGUCCAAAAGCUGGCACUUUCCUUCGUACAACUUCAGUAUGUCAGUUAUUUGGUCACCAUUCCUUGUGGAAGCUGCUAUUUUUGAAGACAUAAACGGCGUUUCAAGUUCUGAAGUUGAGCUAUAUCUAGACAAACUGGAUCGUAAAUGGACGGAUCAGUACCUGAGCUUUGAUUACAUUAUUAUUUCUACUGGCAAAUGGUUUGUUAAAUCUGCAAUCUACCAUGAGGCUGACACUAUAUUGGGCUGUCACGGCUGUUCUGAAAACAAGAACUUGACAGAACUAGGAUUUGACUUUGCCUACCGCAAAACCUUGAAAAAUGUCUUGAACUUCAUAGUGUCUUCCAAUCACAAGGGUUUAAUUUUGUUCAGGACGUCCACACCUGACCAUUUUGAAAAUGGGGAGUGGUUUAGCGGGGGAACAUGCAACAGAACUGCGCCGAUUAAAGAAGGUGAGGUGGAAAUAAAGGAUUUACUCAGGAUUCUUCGUGAAAUUGAGUUAGAGGAGUUUAAAAAGGCAGCUUCCAAAGCUUCGAAAAAAGGAGUGAAUCUCAAGCUUGCUGAUUUUGUGCCACUUUCGCUUUUGAGACCAGAUGGGCAUCCGGGUCCAUACAGGCAGUUUCAACCCUUUGCAAAGGACAACACUGCUAAAGUUCAGACUGAUUGUUUGCAUUGGUGCUUACCUGGGCCAAUAGACUCUUGGAAUGAUAUAAUAAUGGAGAUGGUUGUUAAUGGAUAACAUUGGUGCUUCCCUCAUGCUAGUUGUGCAUGUGUGUGAAUUCAUUCACUGAAUUAUUUCUCUCUGUAUACUAUGACUAUUCUUGAUAUUCAUACAGAUGUAAGAUGUAAUAUUGCAGAAAGGUUUAAAUUUAUAGCUUUACAAUUCAUUUUGA